CACAGGUAUCCUCGUAAGUCGUAUUCCCGCCACGCGGUGUCCUUCUCAUUAAAUCCCUAACUUUCAGCUUCAUCUUCAACCUCUUUAGAAUCGUUCUCAGUUCGGAUCAGAUAUUCAGAUCAGACCAACAAUGGCUUCCCAAAACCCUAACGCUCGAACCCCAAUGUAUCCACAAGUGAUCGCCUCAAACCCAGAAAGCUCAUCCUCGUUUUCCUCCUCCAAUUCUGCUCAGCAAUCAUCAAUUUACCCUAGAAUAGACACGGAAGACCUCGUCGGAAACCUUUUCCCAGAACAUUACGAAACUACCCCUGAUCACAAUCCCAAUUGCCCAUCCGCCCCAGCCGAGUCCGUCGAAGAGACACUCCUUGUCGUUCCCGGCGCAAUCCUUCAUUUAAUCGACAAACAAUACUCCGUCGAGCUCGCUACCGGAGAUUUAUCCAUACUUCGUCUCCGACAAGGCAAUAAUAUCGUCGCCGUACUAGCCCGAAUCGCCGAUGAGAUUCAGUGGCCAUUGACGAAAGACGAAACCGCGGUAAAACUCGAUCACUCGCACUAUUUUUUCUCGUUCCGUGCUCCUAAAGAGAGCGGAUCGGACUCAGACGACGAGGAAACAACUAAUAAACCGUCGCCCGAGACGGAGGAUAUAUUGAAUUACGGAUUGACGAUUGCGUCGAAGGGACAAGAGGGUUUGUUGAGGGAAUUGGAUGGGAUUUUGGAGAAUUACAGUAGUUUUUCGGUACAGAAGGUGGAGGAGAAGGGGGUAGUAGUGGAUGUGGCGAAGGAACUGAGUCCGUCGGACUUGAAAUCAGAGAAGAAGAAGGAGGUUUUGGAGGGGAACUGUGCGGCGUAUUGGACCACAUUGGCGCCCAAUGUGGAGGAUUACAGUGGAACAGCAGCGAAAUUGAUUGCGAUGGGUUCGGGUCAGCUGAUCAAAGGGAUUUUGUGGUGUGGGGAUGUGACUGUGGAUAGAUUGAAAUGGGGGAAUGAGGUUAUGAAGAAGAGGAUGAGUGCGGGAGAGAAGUCGGAGAUUAGUCCUCAGACAUUGAAGAGGGUUAAAAGGGUUAAGAGGGUGACAAAGAUGACACAGAAAGUAGCAGGUGGGGUGCUUUCAGGUGUUGUGAAAGUUUCAGGAUUCUUCACAAGUUCAGCUGCAAACUCUAAAGUGGGAAAGAAGUUUUUUGGCCUCUUGCCAGGGGAAAUGGUCCUUGCUUCUCUGGAUGGAUUUAACAAGGUCUGUGAUGCUGUUGAAGUAGCUGGGAAGAAUGUAAUGUCAACCUCAUCCACAGUGACGACUGGACUUGUUUCCCACAGGUAUGGGGAAGAGGCAGCCAAGGCAACAAGUGAAGGGCUUGAUGCUGCAGGGCAUGCCAUUGGAACUGCAUGGGCCGUUUUUAAAAUUAGAAAGGCACUCAACCCAAAAAGUGUUAUGAAACCAACUACCCUGGCCAAAUCUGCUGCUAAAGCUGCUGCUGCUGCUGAGAAGAAGGCUAAGAGUUCUAAGUAAUGGCUGACAUGCACAGUUAAUUUGGUCCCUCUACAGUAGAGAUAUUGGCAAUGAAGUUCUUAACUCUUUUUUUGUGGUCUAAUCCCUGACAUUUGACAUUUAAAAAUUUAGAUCCUCUGGUAAUUCUGGUAGAUACUGCUGCUAUAGGUGAAAAUGUUUGGUUAGCAGGUUUUUAUCUUGUUAUUUUGUUGUAGAUUUAUUGAUUUCAUUCACUGUUAAACUAGGAGAUUGAUUGCAACAGAACUGCUAGAAGUUUGAAUAGUUGACUUUGUGUCAUCAAGACACAGCUAAUCAGUUGUUUAAUGAUUGCUUGUAGCAUCCUGUCCUGUUAAAUCAAAAGU